UAAUAUUUAAUGACAAAUUAGAGUCUUGUAUGAUUUCAUUGUUAUGUAGUUUAAAUAUUUUAGUGCGCACUCUUUACACUGCUUGUCCUAUUCAAAGGAAAGCAGAUCGACUUUAAGUAGGACGGUUUCUUUCGUUGAAAUAAAGUUGUAAAAAAGUGGGAGUUGGUUCAUUCAGUUUAGUUCUGCAAGAAGAUAGAAGACUUUCAUCCGCAGAAGAGAUGGCUGUUGGUAAAAUCUUAUUCUUAAUUGCCUCCAUUGGAGCAUUCAUUUUUCUAGCUGCUGGAACUGGUGGCAAUUCAUGGAGAAAAGGUACACAGGUGGAUUCUAAAACUGGUUUAUGGAAAACUUGUAUCCUUGAUACAUGCAAUGACGUCAGCGAAUUCUUAUCAGAAAAAGACUGGUUCCGUGCAACUCGAGCUUUUUCAGUCAUCGCCUGUUUGCUGUCAGUACCGGCUGUUUUAGUCGCUAUUAUAGGUUUGUUUUCAGAUAAGAUUAAAGCACUUAUUGGAGCCAUCCUCUUGUUCUGUGCAGCAGCUUGCAUGGUCAUCGCAUUAGCCAUCUACACAGACAAACAUCCGUACAACAAGGACGUUACAAAGUAUGGCUGGAGCUAUAUAUUGGGUUGGAUUGGGGCAUUGGCUUCUGUGGGAGCUGGCAUUGUUGGUGUGUUGGUUGAAAGAUGUUGAUGUUUUGAUGGAAAGUAAAAACGCUAUACCACAGGAACGGGAUCCUAUAAACUAAUUUGCGAAACAGUAUCGCUUAUUUUUGUCAGGUUUACAUUUAUUUAUUAGAUAGAAUAGACACAUGUUUUUAUUAUGCAUAUUAUAGAUUUAGGUUCGUAUUUCCAGUGCUCUCUUUUGCAAUGUGUUUUAGAAAAAUAUGCUUUGACCGAAAAGGAUGUUAAUCUAAUCAUUGACUCUCCACCGCAGAUAAUAUAAUUGUACAAUUCAACACCAUUGCUAAGGUUUUCACGAUGAUAUGAUAAGCGUAUUUGCGUAGAAGUGUAAAUAUCUUCAUUGGUUACAAUACAAUUUGCUAUAAA